AUAACUCCUUAAAUGUUAUAAACCCUCCUCGAUUCUUCUCUAUAAUCAAGAAAGGGAUAGUAGACCAAAACCGAAAUUCGAUCUUAAUCGAUUAUCUCUCUAUACAAAUGAAGAGAUCAUUGUCUAAAUCCGAAGAUCCUACGAACAGCACCAUUGAUGUUAAAGACAGCAAGAUGAAGAAGAUUAAGUUAUCAGAAGAUCAGGCUCCGCUGCCGGAAGCGGAUACGGCGGUGGAUGUCCUCUCGGACGAAAACUUGCUGUACGAGAUCCUGAAGCACGUCGAUGGUCGGACUUUAGGUGCGGCGGGUUGCGUGAGCAAGCAGUGGCAUCGGACUUCUCAAGAUGAGCGGUUAUGGGAGCUGAUAUGCACAAGGCAUUGGGCAAAUAUGGGCUGCGGCAACAACCAGCUCCGUUCAGUAGUCCUUGCGCUAGGUGGUUUCCGCCGCCUCCACGCUCAUUACCUAUGGCCAUUAUCCAAGCCGUCAACCUCCACGAUCACCUCAUCGUCUUCUUCCACCAUCGCCGCCGCAACCUCAUCCAGCUCUGUGUGGCCGUGUCUACCACCGCCGCGUACAAUCGGUGGUCUCUCAAAGCCUACACCCCCCAAAACUCAUUGGGGAAAAGACGAGGUUCAACUCUCGCUAUCUCUUCUUUCAAUUCGUUACUACGAGAAGAUGAAUUUCAAGAAUCGAACCAAAUGAAGCCAUCAAAAUUCGAUCAAGAAUCCAAGAGCACAUUUUUUUUUUCAAUUUCAUCGUGAUUUGACUUUUCCUUUGUCUUAAUUGAUGUUUGUUCGUAGUUUCUAAUAUGAUGUAGUACAUUUUUCUGCCAUAUUCCUAACCAGAAACAACACAACUGUUCAAUUGAUCACCGAAUUCGUCUUUUUCUUCCAAUUACAA